AUGGACAAUAUAAGAAACACACUGCAGCUUCCGAGCUCGAUACGUGUGCUCACGCUCAACUGCUGGGGGCUCAAGUUCAUCUCCAAGUACCGCCAUGAACGCCUCGUCGAGAUCGGCAACCACCUCGCCAGACUAGACCCUGCUCCCGAAAUCGUCGGCCUCCAAGAAUGCUGGACCCAGAAAGAUUACCUGGCCAUUCGCGAGCGAACAAAACACUUCCUGCCCUAUGGCAAGUUUUACUGGAGCGGCAUCUUCGGCGGCGGUCUGGCCAUCCUGUGCAAAUGGCCCAUCGAGGAGAGCACCAUGGUUAGAUACCCCCUCAAUGGCCGACCUGCUGCCUUCUUCCGCGGCGAUUGGUAUGUUGGCAAAGGUGUAGCUUGCGCCCGUAUCCGACUAGGUACGGGCAAGAAGGAUAUCGUCGAGGUCUUUACCACACACCUGCACGCCCCUUACGAAGCCGAGCCGAACGACUCCUACAUCUGCCAUCGCACUGCCCAAGCUUGGGAGAUUGCAAAGCUCAUGCGUGGUGCUGCCGAGCGUGGCCACCUUGUCCUCGGUCUGGGCGACUUCAACAUGAUCCCACUGUCUCUGGCCCAUCGCUUGAUCGAGGCUCACUCGCCUGUCAAGGACGUCUGGAGAGUCCUACAUCCCGACUCUGCCAUUGGUGCCGCCAAAGACGAUGCAGAGAAGGCAAGAGGACUGCCAGUCCCUUCAUCCGACGAAUGUCUAAAAGAGCACGGAACCACAUGCGACCACAGAUACAACACAUGGCGCUGGAACAAGGGCGACAAGAAGAAGCUGCUGGAGAAAAGAGAAGACACCUACAUUGAUGGCUCAGAACCAGACAUCAGAGCCAAACGUCUAGACUACAUCUUCUUCGGCGGCGACGCAGAUGGCCCAGCAUCGCAAUGGAGCAUCGACAGCGUCAAUGUCGGAGCCACAGAACGACACCCAGAACUCCUGUGCUCCCUGUCCGACCACUUUUCCGUAGAAACAACACUUACACGCUCAUCACACUCAACAAACACAAUACCACAAUCGACCACCUUCUUGCCUCUAGAAACCUACGACCAAAUCCUCGCCAUGAUUCACAAGUACGAGCUUCGCGAACGCAAGCAACGCAGAUACCGCUUAUACCACUUUGGCCUCGAGCUACUCAUCGCCAUCGGCUGCUUGAUAGCCGUCUGGUGGUCACCGCGCAACUUUGUCGCUUUCCUGCUCAUGCUGCUAAGCACAUUGGGACUUUCAGCCGGCGUCAUUGACGGAUUGAUGGGAGGGCUCUUUGUGGGAAGCGAGUUACGCGCGCUCAGAGAGUUUGAGUGGGAGAUUACGAAUGCGAGGACUAUGGCGCUUGCUGCACAACAGGCCUUGUUGAAACAGGUAUCACUGAGUGAUGAUCGAUAA